AUGAUAUUUGCCGGAAGCGGACUGAUCACUAAGGAUGAGUUUAUAAAUUACGUUCGAAGCACAGAGAACAGUUCACGCGAAGAUAUUACUAACGCUGAACGAGUAUUCAGAUCACUGGAUACCAAUCGAGACGGUACGAUAUCGUUGGAUGAAUUUGUGGAUGUGGUAGUUAACCGAGCGCACAUCUGUGACCGUGAUAUGGCUCAGUUUGUAUUCAUGAUCGUUGAUGCCGAUGGUGAUGGCCGAAUUACAUUCCAAGAAUACAAGGAUAUCAUGACUGAGGUGUCAUAA